GCGCCCCCGCCCCGGCCCCAACAGUGACGUUGACGUUGUAGAAACCGGCUACAUUUUCUCUCCUAUACAUUUUAUCUUUAUUAUGAAGUUUUGACAAAUAUGGACGAAGAAGAAGAUAAGCUUACGGUUCGUGACGGAUAUGCAAUUUCAGCAUUACUUAAGGAUGAAAGUGGGGAAACAGACUACUCGGAGCUCGACGAGGCGACCAGUGACAUACUUGUCGAUGAUGACAUUCUUGAUGAAACUUCUGAUCUGGAGGUUAACCCGCCUACAGGAAGCUCAAGUCAAACGCUGGCACAACUAGACAUUCAAAAUGCCAGAAGUUUACAAUUGCUCUCUACCCCUGCUGAUUCCACUUGCCUAAUGGAUGUUGGAAUUAUGGAUGAGAAUGCACCUCUUUCACCGGAUUUGAUCGAGUCGGAAACAGCAGAUCUAACUUCUCCAGCAUGUCCAUCAGCAAAGAGGUUGAAGAUGUCCAACCCACAAGAUAAGGAACAUAUAGACACAGAAGCUGAUUCUUACACCUUUACACCGAUGCCCUAUCAAGUGGCCUCACCCAGUAAUGUAGACACUGAUUUUGAUAGUGAUGCUGGUGAACAUCAAUUAGGUGCUGAGUAUUUCUCAAACUACAAUAGUGAUGAGGAGAGUAAUUUUUUCCAUGAGUCAAGUGCUACAGCGGAUCUACUUGAUGAAAUGGCUUUACAAUCAAGUGAUGAAGAGGAAAGUGAGUCAACAUCAAGCAAAGAUAAUGUGUCUGAUCCCCCACUCUACAAAGGUGCUCCAAUCACACAAUGGGAAAGCCUCACAUCGAUUCUAGCUUUUGUUUCAUCUGAACACCUUAGUGGUGCUGGUCUUGAAAGGUUACUUUCACUCAUCGAUUUACAUCUACCGCAGCCCAACAAAUUUUGUAAAACAAAGGCUCAGCUUUUUAAGGUAUUACAAGGAGUAGAAGAGCCUGCAGUUAUUCAUUACUUUUGCAGCAUUUGUUACAAAAUAAGGAAAGGUCCAAAUGACUUAUGUGAUUCAUGUACUGAUAUUAACAAAUGUGUCCUUUACUUUAUUUCUUUUUCUUUGGAAUCUCAGUUAAAAAAGAUGUUUGAAAGGCCAGACUUUGUGGAAAAUAUCAAGUAUAAGCAGACUAGAAAUAAGAAGAAUAGUGAAAAUAUUGAGGAUGUAUGUGAUGGAGAGGUCUACAAAGAAGCAGCAAAAUCUUUUGAUGAAUCAUGUUUUACUAUUACUCUAAUGUGGAACACUGAUGGGAUGCAGGUUUUUACUUCCAAUACUUUCUCUCUCUGGCCUUUUUACCUUGUGAUAAAUGAACUCCCUCCUAAGAAACGUUUCUUAAGUGAGAAUUUACUCAUCGGUGGAAUUUGGGGUAGUGUUGUCAAGCCUCAUCCAAAUGUUUUUCUGCUGCCAAUAUACAAAGAACUUAAGGCUUUGGAAAGGGGAAUUGAUGUUAAAUUUCAUAGUGACAAUAACCUUACUAAGGUUGUAGUCAAAUGUAUUUGUGGGACAUGUGAUUCUCCAGCUAAAGCAACUUUUUUAAACAUGAAGUCUCAUUCUGGAUUUUACUCUUGUCCUGUUUGCCUCACUAGGGGCUUAAAGCCUAAAGAUGCUCCUGUAGUAUUUCCAUAUGAAGAAAAUGUUCAACUUAGAAAUAUGCCACAGUACCAAGAACAUGUGAAGUGGGCUGUGGAUCACAAAGUUAUAUUUGACAAAACCCCUCGUGAUGAGGAAAAAUGGUGUGGCAUCAAGGGUCCUACUGUGUUGUCAUCAAUUGUACCCAAUAUCUUUGAUUCAACAGCUACUGAUUGUAUGCAUUGUGUGGACUUGGGGGUCAUGAGACAAAUGCUGCAUUUGUGGUUCGACAAAGAGUACAAGGACCAACCCUUUUCAGUCUUCAAGAAGACCAACGAAGUGAACAAGAGAUUGCUUGACUUAACUCCACCACAUUACCUUCAGAGAACUCCACAAACUAUUGAUAAACUUAUUCAUUGGAAGGCAACGGAGCUUCGUUCCUUUCUUGUUAAUUUAUCGUUGAUUGUUAUGAAGGACAUUUUAUUGCCUGAAUAUUAUGCACAUCUUGCCCUCUUUGUGAAAGGAGUGUCGCUUUUAAAUAGCUCCAGUGUCAGUGAUGAGAAUCUAGUGUUAUCAUCUUUGCUCAAUGAUCAAUUUGUUGCUGAUUUUGAAGAAUUGUAUGGUCUUGAAAACAUGAGUUUCAAUCUACAUUUGCUUAGACAUCUUGCAAGAUGUGUUAAAAAGCUUGGACCAUUGUGGAUAGUAUGUUGUUAUAAGUUAGAGGACAUCAAUGGCAGGAUUGGUAAUUUUAUCCAUGGUACUUGUCAUGUAGGUCUGCAGGUUUAUUCUAACUUAUCAAUUGUCACAAGAUUGCCUUUAUUGGUAAAAAAUUUAGCAGAUGGUUUAGCCAAAAAGUACUGUGAAGGAUUGAUGAAAAAAAGACUCCGAUUAAAAAUUUCUGAAAAAAUAAGUGGAGGAUUAUAUUGUGUAGGUCCUUUCAAGCUGUUAAAUUCAGACUACAUAAUUAGAGUACUUGAAUCUUUGAUCUCUGAAGAAUGCAAUGUCCAAUUGUUCUAUCGUCUUUUAAAAGAUGGUUUACUUUAUGUGUCUAAUUUGUACACCAGAGGUAAAAGAGUUUCUUCUUAUGUCAAGUACAAGAAGGACAACAGUGUAUUGUAUGGCAACAUUAAGACCUUUGUUAAAAUAUCUUGUGUGUGCACAGCUCCCUGUGACUGUAAAUGUGAUUAUGUUGCUAUCAUCAAGCCAAAGCCUGUUCAUGUGUUACAAAUAGGUGAUAUAGAGAUUUCACACAUAAGUACUCACAAAUGCACUGAUCUUUGUAAUGAUACAACAACAUUUGAUGUCAUAUUAGUAACUGAGUUACAAACUGUUGUUUUUAAAAUUGAUGGAACUGAAAAAAUGUAUUUGUGUGAACCUCUUAAUGAGUUUGAGAGAGAUUAAAAGAAUAAUCCAAUCCGCACGCAUUCUGCUUCCAACCCCACUCUACCCCCUGCACUCUGGAAUGAUCAAUGUGGCCCGCAAGGAAAGGGCGAGGGAGGGAAGCACCGGCGCAGACAAUGACGUCACGAGUACGGCGAGCGCGGGGCCCAGGCGAUGACGUCACGCGGGCAAGUGAGCAAUGUGGCAACACCGGCUUGCACCGCCCUCGAACGUGCCUAGAAUUUGUCGAUUUUUUCUCUUUUAUGGCAACACUAUUCCGGCAAAAAAACGACAAACUAUCGACUUUUUUUCGUCAGAUUAAUUUGACGUAUU